GUGCUGCGUCGACGCGAGGGGCACGUGGUGAGGACGGAGGCAGCGGUCUGGCGCAGUCUCCGCUCGGUGAAACUUCACCAUGUCGGCAGGUUCGCCACAAUCGAUAGGGCGCCGUAGUAAAUGGGAUUGUCCAGAAUCAGUACCUGUAUCAAUGGCAGUAUCGAUAGAGUCGCAGAUGAAUAAUUUUCCUGUCACAAUGCCUCAAGUUGCAGUUCAUGGUGGUAGUCUCUCUGGUCUCCCGUCAGUCAGUCAGUCUCCUCAGUCUUCAUCAGAGGCACUCGAUGCAGCAGCUGCUGCCGCAGCUAGGAUUAAUGCCAUGUUGAUGGCAAAAGGAAAACUGAAGUUACCGCAGACUCCAAAUAACAAACCAAAGUCUUCAAAAUCGACAUCCCAUGCAAAGAACAAAGAUGAUAUGGUCGUUGCUGAAAUUGAAAUUAAUGAUGUUCCUAUUGUCUGUAGAAAUCUACUUACGAGAGGUCACACACAAGAUGAAAUAAACAAAAUCAGUGGUGCUGCAGUUUCCACCAGAGGGCGGUAUAUGAAUGCCGAUGAGAAGCAAAUAGCAGCACAAGGGGAUCGACCCCUCUACCUUUGCAUACAGGCACAGACGCAGAAGAGUGUGGACAGGGCUGUAAACAGGAUCAAAGAGAUUAUUGGUGAAGCAUUAGCAAAAGAAGCCAUCAAACAGCCACUUCCACCUGUAGUGACAUCUACUGCAAGGAGUAGUCCUAUGGCUGCACACAAUUCUCCAUACAACUCUUUGCCCCAGUUACAACCAGGGAUGCAUUUUGUUCAGGACAAAAUCUUUGUAGGUCUCGAGCAUGCUCCUCCGAAUUUCAAUGCAAAAGAAAAAGUGGAAGGUCCAGGAGGGUCUUUCCUGCACCAUAUUCAAAAUGAAACCGGAGCCAAAGUUCACCUCCGAGGUAAAGGGUCAGGGUUCAUUGAACCAAUGUCUGGAAGGGAGGCGUUCGAACCUAUGUAUAUUUAUAUCACUCAUCCUAAACCAGAAGGUUUGGCGUCAGCAAAAACACUUUGUGAAAACUUGCUUCAGACAGUACAUGCAGAAUAUUCUAGAUACCAAAGCCAGAUUACAUCAGGACUGGGUCCACCAUCAGUGUACUCCAUGGUGACACCAUCUCCAGCUAUGGCUCCUGCCCAGAAUCCUGUCUCUGUUUUACCUCCAGUGAUGACAUCACAGCCAUAUUCCAUUCAGCCUCCGACAUCUGUCCCGUACACAUUUGCCAACACAAAUGCACAGUAUACUACACAGCAGUUCAGUCAGCCUCUUCCAACACCAUAUACUGCUGGGCUGCCAACAGAGAUUUCUCAAAACCAAGUAGUGUCUGGGAUCCUGAAUCCUGGAUCUCAGAACAACUUUCAGAUGCCGCAGCCUAUGCCAGGACCUUGUUACACACCACAGCCUUUGCAGCAAGCUGGAACAAGUUUGCAGCAGGUCCAGCCUGUAAACUCUGCUCCAAUGCCAGUGUCUUUGUCCAGCUCAGAGUAUCAGUUCCAGACCACAGGUACUAGUAACCCAAUGCCGCCACCUCCUCAGCCACAAAAGAGACGUUUCACUGAAGAAAGAGCAGCAAAUUCACCAGAAGACCUUCUUGGAUACCGGCACGGACCAUUUCACUUGACUAAUCUAGGUACUAGGAGCAGUCAGGAUAUGGGAUCUGGGAUGAAGAUAGCUGCUGAUUCUGACCUCUUUGGAAGAGGAAGAGAAAGGCAGCUGAUGCCCUUGCUGUCCAACCAUGGAGAUCAUUCUGAAAUGCCAAAGACCUCGAUGCAAAUGUUGCAUGCCUUAAACAUGCAAGGUCAUAUCUCUUCUCCAAGCCAUAAGCGACACAAGACUAGUGAUAGCCUAGGUGCCCUGGCCCAGUACGGGGAGGACUCUUCAGAUGAGGAAGACGACCGGCAUAAGCGAGGUGGGAGAUACCGACCUUCAGGAAAUGCAUCACGCAAUAUGUAUCAUCCUUACUUUCAGCAUUCAAUCCACCAACAUCAUCAUCCUCAUCAUCACCACCAGCAGCAGCAACAUGGUUUACCCAGGUCUCAAAAUUCCAUGCCCUUCUGGAUGGCACCCAAUUAAUAUUGCAAAUGUUGUAAAUGUAUUUUUGUCAAUGUUCUCUUCACUAUGUGCAGCUAAACCACUAUUGUACAAAUCAGCCUGUGUGCGCUAGGUGCAGUACUACUAUUACCCAAUUUGCGAGGACUUCUGGAAUUAACUUGAAUGGACUAUCAUAAUUGAGUGGCUCACAGCGUAACAUUGGAAGAUAGACUUUAAUGCAAGUUGCAGGAACUAGAAGAUCCAUCAUCAUAUUGGCAUUUUUUACAGGAAUCCAGCUGCAGUAUUGUGAAGAGUGAAGUCACAAAUUCCAGAAUUAAGGACAUAUUAAAAACUCCAGCUUUUCCCUGCUGGUACUUUGCAGAAGCAUGAUUCAUGCACCAGUCUUAUGUUGUAAUUGGCAAGGAUUUAGUGUAUUAAAUACAGCCUGUAAAAUAAAAGUAUGCGAAAUACGAGAGGUGUAUACUAUAUUGAAGUGUUGAAAACUAACUCCUUCAAAUUUAUUUUACAGCCAUUGCAACUAUGAAGGUAGCAUGGAGAAUUUUAAUCUAUUUUGUUACUAAUACAGGGCUGUGGUGACUGAAUUUCUAGAUCAGUAACUAUUUGCCAUUGUAGGGCCUAAUAAAAGAAACUACAGACCUCAUUCAUUUGAUACAUUUGGACAAAGUAUAUUUUAUCAAGAUAACAGUAGUCCUUUGAAAUUAAUGGUUAAACUGGAACAGGAGAUGUUAGUCAAACUUGCAGGAGCAGCUUUAUACAAGUUGUACCUGCCUGUUGAAGGUGUAUGCGGGAAGCUAUAAAUAUCUUAAUACUCCCUAGCUGGAAUGAUUAUUCUGACGUGCACAACAAUGCAUUAAAACACAGGAGCCUUUUGAAUGGACAAAUAACUGAAUCGACAAGUUAUUGCUGACUAAUCUAAAAUAAAAUUGAGUAUUGCUGGA